GGCGGAGUCGGGGGGCGGCAGAAGGACCUGCGGCGGGCCCGCUUCGGCCGCGUCUCCGGCCUGGUUUUCGUCUGCGUGUGACUGUGCGCUCAGUCGGGCACCAUGGGGAAGCGCGACAAUCGAGUGGCCUAUAUGAACCCAAUAGCAAUGGCUAGAUCAAGGGGUCCAAUCCAGUCUUCAGGACCAACAAUCCAGGAUUAUCUGAAUCGACCAAGGCCUACGUGGGAAGAAGUGAAAGAACAACUAGAAAAGAAAAAGAAAGGUUCUAAGGCUUUGGCUGAAUUUGAAGAAAAAAUGAAUGAGAACUGGAAGAAAGAACUAGAAAGACACAGGGAGAAAUUGUUAAGUGGAAGUGAGAGCUCAUCCAAAAAGAGACAGAGAAAGAAAAAAGAAAAGAAGAAAUCUGGUAGGUAUUCAUCUUCUUCUUCAUCAAGCUCUGAUUCUUCCAGCAGUUCUUCAGAUUCUGAAGAUGAGGAUAAGAGACAAGGAAAACGGAGAAAGAAAAAGAAGAACCGUUCACAUAAAUCUUCUGAAAGUUCCAUUUCGGCAACUGAAUCAGACAGUAAGGAUAGUUUAAAAAAGAAAAAGAAGUCAAAGGAAACAACUGAGAAAGAAAAGGACAUUAAAGGACCCAGCAAAAAAAGAAAGAUGUGUCCUGAAGAUAAACCUUUGUCAUCUGAAUCCUUAUCAGAAUCAGAUUAUAUUGAGGAGAUACGAGCAAAAAAGAAGAAAAGCAGUGAAGAACGAGAAAAAGCAACAGACAAAACAAAGAAGAAAAAGAAACAUAAGAAACACAGUAAGAAGAAGAAAAAGAAGGCUGCAAGUUCAAGUCCUGACUCACCAUAACAUUAAGAAAAAAUCAGGAUUCCCUUAUAAAAGAAAGUGCAAUGUCUAAGGAAAUUUCAACUGUGAAAACUACAACAUAUUUACUAAAAUGCACGAAUUUUCUUGUUUUUAGAAUUAUUCCUGGACUAUUCAGUAGCCACUAAGAGUCCGCUGUGUGAAAGGGCCAUAAUUAUUGCCUGCUGCUUGAACAUCUAGUUUUUCUCUUCCAGUGCUUGAUGACUAACUCUGGGAGAUAAUACACUGCAGUUGUACUAGUGGAUGAGAUAUAGUAUUUGGGAAUAAAAUUAAUAUUUUUGACUAGCAAUGUCCAAUGGUAAACCAACAGAAAUUGUAUCUGAAUACAUCUUUAAGAGAUAAUCAGAAAUGGCCAGAUGACUCUAGUUAAAAUUUUUGAAGUAAGGAUUAUAUUGAUAUUUUAAAAUCCUUACUCUGUAGAUAGGUGUAUUUUAAUUUUUCCCCUUUGUAUACUUUUUAUUUACCUGGGGAAGGAGCUAUUAGGGUUGGGGGGGUUGGUUUGCUUCUCUUUAGCUAGCAGAAGAGCGUGCCUUUGAUCCUCACACAUCCUAUAUUUGUGGACACAGCCAUGUUUUAGGGGGAGGUCAGAGUUAGAUACCAGCAGUCUUACCCUUAACUGCACUUAGUGACAUCCUUGGAAUCUGUUAUGUGCUGCUUUGAGUGAAUUACAGAAAUAGCCCUUUGCAGCAUGAGAAAGCCCCAGAAGGUCUGGGAUUUACCUCCACUUCAAUAAGACUGAAUGUUUUUUAGUAUUAGAAUGAGUUAUGUCAUUUGCAUUAAUUUUGAUUCUACUUUGGCUUUAGAGAGGAAUCAUUUCAAAUGGACACUGGUACUUUUUGAACUUGAUAGCUAAUGAUUCUAAAAUGCAUGUUUUAUACUAUUAAGUUUAAUCCAGUCAAGAAAAUUUUAUGUAACCAGUGAUAGUUUAUUUUUUUGUAUGAAUUUUGUUUAGGCUGCAAUGUUUAGCUUUUGUUAACUCCUUACUUUACUGUUUUAAUUUUAUUGCUAUGUUUAAUGGCAUAUUUGCCACGAUAUUUAGCAUGUAAAAAAGCAGGGUCUUGAUUUUUUUUUUUUUUUUAACAGCUUCAUAUUGAAGCUGAGACUUACCAUAAACAAGUUGAAUGGUGGGCCUGGUAUGCUGUGUCUUGUUAUAUAAAGCUAUUGAAUCUUAGUAAAUGUAAUGUUUUAAA